AUGUCGCAUUCUCAGAGCAAUUCGAACUCAGAUUCAAAUAUAAAGAACAGGAAAAGAACAGGAAGUCGAGUGGAUCCCAUGUAUGAUGCUAAGAAUCCAAAAUACAAACAUGCGGAGGACAUACAUUUGCCUGUAACAGAAAUACAUUUGAAGUCCCACGAAUGGUUUGGUGAUUUCAUCACAAAGCAUGAGAUUCCAAGAAAGCUGUUUCAUUCCUCGAUUGGUUUCAUUACGCUAUACUACUACACCAAAGGUGUUGAUUACAGACUUGUCAACCCAUUUCUAAUUGUUGGUUUUGUUACUGUGUUCGUUUUAGACUGCAUAAGACUGAAUUGGCCGUUCUUCAACUUUCUAUACUGUCGUGUUGUGGGCGCAUUAAUGAGGAAGAAAGAAAUUCAUACAUACAAUGGUGUUUUAUGGUACCUAUUGGGACUGAUCUACUCUUUCACUUUCUUCUCAAAGGAUGUCAUACUGAUCUCUUUGUUCUUGCUAAGUUGGUCUGAUACAGCCGCCUCGACCAUUGGCAGGAGAUACGGUUACCUGACCCCUAAGAUUACCAAGAACAAGUCAUUAGCCGGUUCUCUUGCGGCUUUUGUGGUUGGAUUCCUGACCUGCCUAUCAUUUUACGGAUUCUUUGUACCACACUACAACUGGGCCAACAAGUCAGGCGAGAUCAUGUGGACCCCAGAAACAAGCAGAUUGGGACUAUACCAAAUAUCGUUCCUAGGUGGCUUUGUAGCUUCACUAAGUGAAGGUGUUGAGAUAUUUAACUGGGACGACAAUUUCACUAUCCCAGUUUUGUCCUCCAUUUUCAUGAACGCCGUCAUCAAAUUCUUCAGAAUCUGA